GUCAGCAACCCCAAUGCCAGCAAGCCAGCCCUCAUCCAGGAGAUGAAAUCCCAGCGGGCACAUCGUCUAAGUAUACAGUCAAUCUGGAGGUUUGUAAAAAGAAAAUCACAUUCUUUCCAGUUGUUCCAAAUCACUCUAUUCAAACAUUCUGUAAUAUAGUUACCUCCGGCUCUGAGGUAGAAAAAUUACCCUGGCAGCAACAAGGUAUUAAGUAUAAUUUGACGUUUCAGGAAAAAACUGCCCAGAAGGAAAUUGCACAAAAGCCAGAUUGUGACUCAGGAUAAACAGUAUUACCAUAACGAGAUUAUGAGACAGUUGGGUGAGAGAACUAAUUAUAAAGUCCCAAAGAAUGACCCUAUAGCACAUGUGGCUAAGAUAAUUCAAACCGUAGUAGAGUGGGCUCUCCAGGAGGAAAUAGUUACAAAUUCACAAUCAGUUUUCCCCAGAACACCUGUCUUUUAUACAUUGCCAAAGGUCCAUAAAGAUGCCCGCUAUCCCCCUGGUUGCCCCAUUGUGGCUGGGACAGAUUCAAUUUUUCAGCCUUUAGCUAUUUUUGUAGACCAGUUUCUACAACCCCUAGUGACUGCUGGCACCUCUUAUAUUAAAGACACUAAAGAUUUUUUUACAAAUAAUUCACUAUUUAUAUGUUGACUCUACAGACUUACUGGUGACACUAGAUGUGUCCAGUCUUUAUACCUUUAUACCUCACGAUGAAGGUCUGAGGAUAAUACGUGACAAACUCUCCGCUGUAAGGUACAUUGAUGACUGCUUUUUACUCUGGCAUGGUACCCAGACUGAUCUUGAUAACUUUCUGGUCUUUCUAAAUCAGUGCCAUUGGGACAUCUGGUUUACUACUACUACUAGCAGUGUUGCUGUGAGUUUUUUGGAUGUACUAGUUGGUAAGCAUGAUGGAUCCCUAUGCACUGAUUUAUAUACAAAACCUACAGAUUCUAAUAGUCUGUUACAUAAGAAUAGUUUCCAUGCUCCUAAGCAGAUUUGUUCUAUUCCAUACAGCCAGUUCCUGAGAGUUUGUCGAUUUGUUAGUGAUGACAACAUAGUGAAUGAACGUCUGACUGACUUUUCAAAAAAAAAAAAAAAAACGGACAAGGGGUAUCACCCCCGCCUCUUACGAAAGGCCAAACGCAAGGCUCUGGGUAUGAACCAUGAAGAGCUGCUCUCUACGACUGACAAACCAAAACAGGAUAGAAUCCCAUUU